AUGUGCUUGAAUUCUUUUUUUCUUCUUCCUUACUUAUUUUUUUUUCCUUCUUUCUUUGUUUUCCUCCUCUUUGUUGUUUUUUUUUUCUUUUUCUCUGUUCUUUUCCUCCUCCUCCUCUUUGUUCUUUUUCUCCUCCUCCUCCUCCUCUUUGUUCUUUUUCUCCUCCUCCUCCUCCUCUUUGUUCUUUUUCUCCUCCUCCUCCUCUUUGUUCUUUUUCUCCUCCUCCUCCUCUUUGUUCUUUUCCUCCUCCUCCUCCUCCUUCCCUUGUUCUUUUUCUCCUCCUCCCCUCCUCCUCUUUUCUUCUUUUUCUCCCCACUUUUUGUUCUUUUCUCCUCCUUUUUUUGUUUUUUCCUCCUCCUCCUUUUUGUUAUUUUCUUCCUUUUUCCUUUGUUCCUUUCCUUUUCCCCCACUAUUUUUUCUUUUCCUCCUUCCCCCUUUUUGUUCUUUUUCCUCCUCCCCUCUUUUUGUGUUCUUUUCCUCCUUCCCCCACUUUUUGUUCUUUUCUCUCCCUUCCUCCCCCUUUUGUUCUUUUCCUCCUUCCUUUGUUUUUCCUCUUCCUUCCCCCCCUCUUUUUUUUCUUUUCUCUUCCUUCCCCCACUUUUGUUCUUUUCCUCUUCCUUCCCCCACUUUUUGUUCUUUUCCUCUUCCUUCCCCCACUUUUUGUUCUUUUCCUCUUCCUUCCCCCACUUUUUGUUCUUUUCCUCUUCCUUCCCCCACUUUUUGUUCUUUUCCUCCUCCUCUUUGUUCUUCACCAUCCUUCUCCCCUCCUUGUUCUUGCUUUCUUUUUGUUUUUGUUUUGUCAUUUUUAUGAUUGGCAAAUGGUAUAUUAGGUAG